UAGCUGUAUGCCAGCCCAAAGGCUGCCUUUCUCCAAACUAGAAAAGCCUGUUUCCUUCCUCACUGUUGGCUAGAGAGGGGGCUACAUUUUAACCUCCACCUCUCCCUCAGCUGGACGCCCUUGUGCAGUGAACAACCCGGACGGUGACUCUUGGAAGCCCCUGCGCAACGACCAAGCAUAUGCUUCUUUAUAGACUCUGGGUUGCCUCUUCCAGGAAGCUGACCCCGGCUAGCCAUGGCAUCUUGGAUGACUUGUACUAGUCAGGACUUGGUGCCAAGGACACCAUCUUCUUCUGAGCACUCACUGUUACAACACAUAAAACCCUUUAUUGCGUUUACUUUUAACUUUCAGCUCGGCCUACGAGACGAAGCUGCCAAAGCAGGAACCAGAAGAGCCGUCCUACCUCUCCUCACCAGCACACCGCACAGGGGUGAACGCAAGCAGGCCCUUGUACAGUUGAAACUCUUGGCUCUGAGAAGAACUGAAGAUGCUGUGGGCAGCAGCGUGGAGCUGCGCCAGGUCACUAUCACAGGAGAGAGUGAGCCACACCGGAGCUGCACAGCCAGUCUGGGGUGGAACACAGGUAUGUCCCUCCAGGUUGCUGUUGAAGAGGACACAGAGAUGCAGCUCCCACUGUGCCAGAGACCGAUACAGGCAGCACAGCUGACUCGCAGUAAAGGCAGAAGGCUCUGUCUGCAUCUUAAGAGGCUGGAAAAGCCUGUGGGGUGUGGAUGCAUGCAGUGGGCAGCAGAACAGACACGAAUGCUCAGACCCUCACAUCUGCGGAACUACCCUUUGUCUUCUCCUGAACCAUCGCUGAAGACUCAGAAAUGCCCUGGAAGAAGGCCCACAUGCUGCCAGUUUACAUCUUUAAUUUCUCUCUGGGUGUUGAGUGGCAGAAUCCCUUGGCACAAGAAUCCAAUCCACCCAGCUGAGGCACAUUUCAGCCCGCUUGACCCUUUGGUAACUUCAGCAGCCAACAAGGAAGAGCUCAGUCCCUCCCAGCCACUCUCUGCCUAUCCUGCUCACCCCACAGCCUGGGAAAACAUCUCAAAGCCUUGCCACUGAGUUAGCGUCAAGCUCCUGCACAGGAGUUUGUCUCAGACACAGUCACUUCUCCCCAAACCUUAGCCUUCCUGUCUGUUUCAACCCUGUGAAUCUCCAGGCUCUUCCAGCCCUUAUUCCCUCUCUUUUUUUCUUUUUAGAGCCUUAGGAGGUAUCUACACAUCUCUCUAACCCUCCAUCAUUUAUGUGAUGGGAAGGAAGAAUCUUACCAGGGUUUGGUAUUUGUUAAAGGAAUAGAAAUUCCUCAAUGGAAAACAUAAACGAGGAGCAGGCAGCUGAUUGAAAUUUGUUUUAAAACUGAGUGGCUGCAUUUUUCAAAACACAAGCACACACCCAAGUCAGUCUCUUGGGGAAUGUGGCUGCUUCCUCAGGCUGCUGCAGCUAGCAGAGCCUGCUGCCUCCCUCCCGGAAACCGUGUAUUUGUUUAGCAGUGAGCCCAGACACAAGCGCAUUUCAUUACCAGGCACCUCCAGCUACAGUAAACAAAUUUGUCAGCUCACUAGCUCAUUAAGGUGCGCCCCGGACACUCGGGAUUUAUUGAGACCUGCACAAUAAAAGUAACAUG